AUGAAUUAUAUGCAAGUUUGUUAAUAGGCUUAAGAAACCAACAAAAAUGCAAUAUAUUAAAAUACUAAUCCUGUUCUGAGAUACUCUGCUAAUGUUAACGAAAUAGAGAAUUAUAGAUAAGCAGAGAGGAGGAAUCUUCAUAAUUAUUCUAUAAAAAAUAGAAUAUCCAAAUCCCCUCCUUUCCAAAAAGAAAGAGAUGAUCAAAAUUCGCUUAAAAAAAAUAUGAUUAUGAAGCUGAAUGAGUAAUAAAAUAGUGAAUAAGAAGAAGAAAAUAAAUACUUUUAACAAACCAAUAGAAUUUUUAAAUUACCAUUAAUGGAUAAGUGCAAUAAUAAUAGGCCUUUUAGUUAUUCAAAAAUAUCUCCAAAAUUUCAUAAGAAGAAUAAGGAUAUAUAAUUAUAAACUUUAACUGAUAGGAGAUAAAGUAAUCAAGAUGUUUAAUAAAUGGCAGAACCUCUAACUCAAAUAAUAAAUAGCAAUUAAUUAAUUUUUAAGGUAGCUUUAGGGAAGUAGAACUUUGAGAAAAUAAAAUCUUUAGAAAGGUAGAGCUUAGUAUAGCAGUAAGAUCAAAGGAGUGGCUCAAAAAAUUAAGAAAAUAAAAAAUCAGCUUGUACAUAACAAUAAAACCAAGAAUUUCCCUCUGACUUGAUCAGAUUAUAAUUAACUAUGAAUCCAUCCAACUCUUAAUCUUCUAAAAUUUUUUUUAUGCAAAAUAAUGGAUAAGUAUCACUUUAAUAGCUAACUAGAAACUCUUAAUAAAAUCAAAUAAAGACUUUUUAAAAGAUAAAAACAUUUUAUGAAGGCAAGUAAUCUUACUCACCUAAAAGAGGAACUUUAAAUUAUUCAGAAAAUGGCAUACAAGGAGUUAAAAUCACUUAAUAGCUUCCAGUUUAUAGCACUAAAUUUUAAAAUAAUAAAAACUAAAAAUUUCAAAGUCACUUUCGAACUCCAAAAAACGAUGAAUAUUCUGAAAAUUUAUAAGAAGAAAUACUUAAAAAGUAAUCAGCUUCCAUGAACCAAACAUAACUUUAAGUAAAUUAAAAUAGCAUGAAUAAACUAUUCAUUGAAGAUUAGAUACAAAAUUUUCAUAGUACUGUGAAGGCAAAAAUAAAAAAUUAAAACAAUUUUAAUGGAGAAAUUUCAUCUAAUUAAUAAUUUUAGAAAAAGAAAAAAUCGUUUUAGCAGACAGUGGAAAAUUAUAACUCUUAAAAUCUUAUUUAGAGAAUAUAUUCAACAAGUAUAUUUGAAGAGACCUACCUAAAAGUUUUUAUUGGAGCAGGGAAUAACAGUUCUCUAAUUAAAUAUAUUUCAGGGUAGAGAUGGUGGUUUGAAAUAUAUGAUAUGAAUGAUAAAAUAAAUCCCUCUAUAUUUAGUGCAGAUUCUUCUGUCUAUUCAGAUUAGGUUAAGAAGGACAGCAGGAGUCAUUCAUUUUCAAGAUAUUUAGGUGAGCUCAUAUGGACACAAAUUAAAUAGAAUGAUAUCAUAAAUGACAUGCCUACAUUAUCAGAGUUAAAAUAAUUGAAAAAUGAAUAAAUUUAAUGUAAAAAGUAACAAACACUUGAUUCAACUUAGUCAACAUCAUGUUAAACAGUUGAUUAAAAAUCACUUUCUUAAAUAGAAAUGAAAGAUUCAAAAGAAAAUAAAUCAGUAACUAAAACAUAUGAAAACCUUUCAAGUGAAGCAAAAGAUAUUGAAUCAAUAUAAUUGAAAGGUUAAAAUGAUUAGAAGGAUAGAUAAAUAUUCAAAAUGUUAAAUACACCUUCAAUAAGGAUUUAUAAUCACUUUGAAUGUAACUAUCAGAUCUGUAAUAAAAAAAAUAUGUAUUACAACCUAAAAGAGCUGUAUGAAAAGAGGGGAGAAAAUUUAUUAUUUGAAAGAAUCCCAUACACAUUUCAUGUUAAAAAAGCCUCAAUGAAAGACUCAGCCUUUGCUUAGUUCUCUAAAUAUUAUAACAAAAUUUAAAAUGGAAUAUAGCUAUAAUAGAAGAAAAAUUCAGAAAAAUGCUGCAAGAAUAUUUGGAUAGUAAAGCCUGCUGAAAACACAAAUAGAGGUACAGGGAUAUUUGUAAGCAGAGAAAUAGCUGAAAUUAAGCAAUUUAUUAGCUAAAACACUAGAACUUAAUCAGCACAUCAUGGUUCUGCUAAUGAAAGGAAGGGAAGCCCAAAAUUAAAAAAUAAAUAAGUUAAGCAUACAUAUAUAAUAUAAAAAUAUAUCGAAAAUCCUCUACUUUAUUAGAAAAGAAAGAUAGAUAUAAGAUGUUAUAUUCUUCUAACUAAUUACAAUGGAAUAAUCAAAGCAUAUUGGUAUAAAGAAGGCUACAUAAGAACAUCUUCAAAGGAGUUCACAACAAAAAACCUUAAAAAUAAUUUUAUACACUUAACAAAUGAUGCAAUUUAAAAGCAAUAAGAAGAUUAUGGUAGGUAUGAAUUAGGGAAUAAAAUAUCAUACAAAGAAUUUCAAAGAUAUUUAGACUCUUAAACUGAAUAUAAAAUUAAUUUUAUGUAGAUGAUAAUCCCCCAAAUGAAGUCAUAUGCAUUAGACUGUGUCAGAAGCAUUUUUACUAAAAUUGACCCAAAUAGGAGACAAUUUAGCUUUGAAUUGUUUGGAUUGGAUUUUAUGAUAGAUGAUGAUUUGAAAGUUUGGUUAAUUGAAGUGAAUGCUAAUCCUUGUUUGGAAUAAUCAUGUCCACUACUCACAAAGAUAAUUCCUCCUCUGAUUCACAAUACUUUAAAGAUAGCAGUUGACCCUUUAAGUUAAGGGCUAAGCAUAGAUAACUGGAACUUAGAUAAAAUUGAGCAUUUUAGUAAGUAUUACCAAAACGAAACAGAUAAAUUUGAAUGUAUUUUUGAUGAACUCAAAGAUGGGGAAGAAAUUUAUAAAUUAUAUGAAAACUGA